UUUACUUUGUAGAAUGGUCAUAUUACGACCAUAAGUAAGCAUGGCUUUGCUUCCGAACCGUUCUGUCACAUUACUGGGCUUAAUAUUUAUUUUAAUUUGCCUUUUAAAUGUAUCAUUGUUCGCAACUGCGGCAUCUCAGCUGCAGUCUGCAAUAUUUGACAAGCAAACCGGAAAACUGUAUUUAAAAGAGGGCUUCCAGACAGGCUUCGUUGCCUUGGCAAACUUCACAGAUGACAUCGGUACUACUGGUUGGUCUUAUCUUGAGGUUGUUACCAAUGGCGAGUAUGACGAUACACUCCAGGCUUAUGGUGCUGGACUUGUGGAGGCUGCGGUCACUUCACAGCUCAUCUAUAAGCACUGGGUGAAUACAUUGAUGGGAUAUUGCAGCCCAUUUAAGUAUGAUGCAGGCUUCUGCCACCGUCUGAAAGAGUAUAUCACAUCCAACCUGCAGUGGGUAGGAGAGCAAAUAGAAAAAGACAUAGAUUCACCAUAUUGGCAUCAGGUCCAUUUGUCUCUGCUGCAGCUGCAGGGUUUGGAAGAUGGUUAUAAUGGUCAGGUGGCUUUUCCAGAAGGAAGGCUCUCAUUAAACCCCUUAGGGUUUCUACUUUUCCAGAUGGGUGGAGACUUGGAGGAUUUGGAGGCAGCACUAAACAAAUCUAGCCAAUCACGUACAGUAGGCUCUGGUUCUUGCUCUGCUCUCAUAAAGCUGUUGCCUGGUAACAAAGACCUGCUUGUGUCACAUGACACUUGGAACACAUAUCAGUCCAUGCUGAGGAUCAUGAAGAAGUAUAAUUUUUCAUUCCGCUUAUUUCCAAAAGAUAAGGCGGUGAUUCCUGGAGGUACUCAGGCUUUCUCCUCUUACCCUGGCUCCAUCUUUUCAGGAGACGACUUCUACAUUCUCAGCAGUGGCCUGGUUACUAUGGAAACAACCAUUGGAAACAGUAACCCUGACCUUUGGAAGUUUGUAAGACCUUGUGGUGCAGUCAUGGAGUGGCUAAGGAACAUAGUAGCCAACAGACUUGCCCGAAGCGGCAAAGAGUGGGCAGACAUUUUCAGCCAGUACAACAGUGGAACGUACAACAAUCAGUGGAUGAUAGUUGACUAUAAGAAUUUUAUUCCAGGUGCACCAGCCAUUAACCAAGGGCUGUUUACUGUGCUUGAACAAAUACCAGGGAUGAUCCGAACUGCAGAUAAGACCAAAGAGCUGUAUGAGACAAGAUACUGGGCCAGCUACAAUAUCCCGUAUUUUGAGGAGGUGUUUAAUGCAAGUGGCGGUCAGGAUCUGGUGAAGAAGUACGGUUCAUGGUUCUCCUUUAGUGAUAAUCCAAGAGCUCAGAUUUUCCGCCGGAACCAGUCACUUGUCACAGACCUGGAGUCCAUGGUGCGAUUAAUGAGGUUUAACAACUUUAAGAACGAUCCUUUGUCAGAGUGUGAAGCCUGUGAUCCUGUUCAGAAUGGUGAGAAUGCCAUCUCUGCACGCUCGGACCUUAACCCGUCUAAUGGCACUUACCCCUUUGGAGCUCUGAAACAGAGACCUCAUGGUGGAACAGACAUGAAGAUGACAUCCUAUGGCUUCUUCAAGAAGUACGAGUUGCUCGCAGUCAGUGGACCUACAUGGGACCAGGUGCCGGUGUUUGAAUGGAGCACUUCUCCUUAUAGCAGUUUGAUGCACUUAGGCCACCCAGACCGCUGGGACUUCCCCACUGUACACGUCAGAUGGUCAGAAUAAAUCUCCCGUUUACUUGAAAAAGUGAAAUUUAAAUGUGCUGCACUAAAUGAGAAACAGAAUGACAAAAUGACUUCUACAGAGCUGAACAUGGAAGCAACUGCCUAUGUAACUGAACUCACCAAGUUGCGUAUUGUGGCAUGAGAGCGAGAGAGCAUGCGCGCAUGGGCAGGGCACAGUGAGGACUCUCAGAAGUCCAUGUUCUUCCCAGCAUCCUGAAAAUUUCAAGUUUUAAAGUUUCAAUUUAACACUUUAAAUUUAGUUUUAAGCUGUUGAAUUAUGUGCAUGUGUUUAUUUAGAUUGUCUUGUCUCUCAGUUUAAAUAAGUGUGUUGGUUGUGCCAAUUUUCCAUGUAUACUAAUCAUAUUCUUGUCUGAUCUAUGAAUGCUUCACUAUAAAGAGCAUUAUUCCAAGCAGAAAUGUCUGAAAAUAACUGGAAAUUACAGAUAAUUACAAAUAUUUUUGAGGAAAACAAGAAUUGCAUCAUGUGAUUAAUUCAUGCAGUGCCGCAAUGUAUUUUGGUUUUGCAAUCUAAACAUAUUUGUUUCUGGUUGUUAGGCAUGAACAUAUUUAGAAUUGAAUUGAGUGUAUUGGUGAUUACUAUUGUUUUUGGAUCCCCCCCCCCCUCCCCCUCAAAGCUGUUUUCUGUUGCUCUUAAUCACCCAUAACAACAAAGGGAAAUCAUUUUUACAAUUCCAAAAAUUAAAUAAAAAAAUGCAAAUCUCUUAUUUUCAGAAGUAUUCAGACGACUUUUAUUCAGUACUUUCCCCUUGGCCAGUUUUGCACACCUGAAUUUGGGCAAUUCAUGGCAAAUCUUCUCAAGCUCCUCCAGAUUGGCUGGCGAGCACCUGUCAGCUGCAAUCAUCAGGUCACUCCACAGAUGUUCAGUGGAGUUUAAGUCUUUGCUUUGGCCUCGUCACUCUGGCACAUCCAGAGACUUGCCCCAAAGUCACUCCAGUGCCGCUUUGGCUGUCCGGUGCUGUUUUUGGGUCAUUCGGUUCGUUGUCAUGUUGAAUGGUAAACCAUGCCUAGUCUGUUUGAGUGCGCUGUUAUUAAUUUAACUGUAAAAUAAAUAAUAAUUUAAUAUUUUA